AUGACAGUCUGUCACUGGACGUCGAGGGGGCGGGACACACGCGCGUUGGAGAGAGCGUGAGAGGAGCGGAGAGAGGGGGAGCGAGUGCGAAGCGGUGUCGCGAGUGAAAGCCAACGCAAAACGCGGGACUGGUGUGAGACAAACGCUGACGUAGCGACUAGCGUUGUGUUGUGUGGAUGUAUUAUUCGGUAAAGUGAUCUCAUUCACACUGAGUUUCAUUGUUAUUGGACCUCGGUAUUCAUUCAUUGAAUCAUAAUAGACCGAUUGUAAUGCUACCGCUAGCUGUCAUUCAUGACUUAAUUGCAUGGUGACAUAUAUCCCAAGAUUCGUUUAGACUUCAAGGUACCCUGUCAGUGGUAAACAAUCGAGAAACGUAUGCAGCACGACAUGUGAGAUGUGACAUAAGUGCUCUGAUGAAACAGCCACCGAUAGACGGCUGACGCUUCUCUUGGCGAUUCGUGAGGACAAACUUGUUAUAAACUACAAGAUUAUUGUGGGCUAAAGUGAGCCAAGAAACAUCCUCAUAUGAUGGUGUGCAAGUGAUAGCCGAUUGUAGCAGAUAAACGUUUUUCAUCGAGAAGUGUAUAUUGCUUAAUAUCUACAUGAACGUUUAACAAACAAACGAACAAAAAAUGUUCGCAAAGCCGAACAAUAUAAUGAAAAUCGUUAUUUGGUGGCUGAUACUUUUGCUUCUCCUGAACUCAGUCUUCAGCAGUCCGCAGCUCGAAGAGGAGGAACACCAUCCAACGUCGGCGACUUUGCCGAGAAAACAACCUGUACAGCAUCCAGAGCUAGCCUCGGGAGGGUCACAUGCCGUAGAAACACAGCUGGGUUCUCAGAAGUCUGAGAUGGACUCAGGGAUGGAGGCACAACAGCCGCACGAAGAACCGGAUGGCAGGUCUUCCUUGUAUAAACCAGAAAAACAACGUCUGGAAACGGACGUAAGUGAUCAGUCGCUGCAAGAAAAAGGAGUGGAGGAACAUCAGGGGAAACGGCAUGAAGAGGAUGUGCGUGAGGCGGAGCAUGAAGAGGUGCGGGCAGAGACCGAGCCACAGCCAGGUAUGACAUCGUCACAAGAUGAGGCACACCAAGAGGGACAGCUUCCACAGGAGACAGGCAUGAAACGGCAGCAGAGACAAAUGCCACCCGAAAACGAAGAGCAGCAGUCUUCUGGUGAGGGUGAGCUAACAAGUGAAGCUCCUCCGCAGGAGAAUCAUCAGCGGCAAGACCAACUUCAAUACCAAGACGGAGAUGGAGUGUCGCAAGACCAGCAACAGGGAGAGCAAGAAGGGACGUAUACAGAGGAACAGGAACAUGCGGAAGAGAAAGUGGAAGGAGAGGAAGAGGACGAGGACAGGCUGCCGCCGAACCUGCCGACCCUGCGCUGGGGCGAGACGGCCACCAUCACCAAGUGCUGUCCGCCCGAGGAGGUGCUGGUCCGACAGACCGAUGGCCAGCCGCCCACCUGCCAGCCGGUGCCGGCCGACCAGCGCUGGCGGCCGCUGCUGCUCAACGGCCGCUUGGGCCGGCGCGUGGCGCCCAGCGCGCGCUCGGCGCUGGUCUCCGGUAACGUCAGCUGCGCCGGCCAGCACUUCUGGCUGGACUCGACGGCCGGGGAGCGGUUCGAGCUGCUCACCACGGGCCACCUGUACAUGCGGCGCGCCGACGCGCUGCUGGCGCCGCUCUCGUUCUGCGCCGACCGGCUGCUCUCGCGGCCGGAGCGGCCGCCGGAGGAGGGCGGACCGCCGACGCCGCUGCGGGCCGGCCGGGCGGCGCGCGUCUGCACCCUCUCGCUGCAGGAGCGCAGCUCGCUGCUCGACGAGCACACGCUGUGGCCGGCCUGUGCGCGGCGCCGCUGCCUGCGCAAGUGCUGUCCGCGCGGCCUCAAGGUGCGCUGGCACGACCAGCUAUGUGUGCCGCAGACGGGCGAGCAGCCAUGGCGACCCGGCUUCUGGCAGCAGGCCAGCAACGUCACCGACUUCCUGACCGUGGCCGGCAACCCGCCGUGCCGGGCCGACGACGGCUCCUUCCGCAAGGUGUUCGCCCUGGAGCCGGCCUACACGGACGACGACCAGUUCUUCCUGAAGGAGGACGGCCGCCUGUGGGUGCCGCGCCAGGAGGCCACCAUCCCGCUGGAGGACUUCUGUGUCGAUCAGGUGGAGUACGAGCACCCGCAAAAGCCGGGCGUCCUAAUCGACUAUCACGCGGCGAUCGUGUGUUUCGGCGAGUCGUCGGGCUCGGCGGCCGGCGCGCGCGUCUCGGCGGCCACGCACCUGUACCGCGCGCUGCUGCUGGUCUCGGCUCUGUUCCUGCUGGCCACGCUGCUCGUCUACUGCGCCGUGCCAGAGCUGCGCAACCUGCACGGCCGGUGCCUGCUCUCGCACGUGGCCGCGCUGCUGGCCGCCUACGGCUGUAACCUGGCUGCGCAGGUGGAGGUCGUCUACUCGAGCAUGGCCGCCUGCCAGGUCACAGCGCUGGUGAUGUACUUUUCAUUCCUCGCGGCGUGUUUCUGGCUGAACGCCAUGAGUUUCGACAUCUGGCUCACGUUCAGCCGGAUCCGCUCGGCGGCUCCGAACAGAAGUCAGACGGGCCGCUUCGUCAAGUACUCGCUGUACUGCUGGUGCUGCCCGCUGGUGCUCACAGCCGUGGUGAUCACCAUGCAAUACGCGCCCGACUGGCUGGUGCCGCCCGAAAACUUCAUCAGGCCGCGGCUAGGAGAGCAGAGCUGCUGGUUUCCAGGAAGCUGGGAGAUGCUAGUCUACUUCCACGGCCCUAUUCUGGUGCUGAUGACGGCGAAUCUGGGCUUCUUUGUGCUCACCGCCAAGAACCUUCUUCAGACUGAGAAGGAUACGCGCAUGGCCGGCAGGCAGAAAAGAGGCACAGAAAGGUUCAAGAUCUACGUGAACCUGUUUGUAGUGAUGGGCAUCACGUGGAUCGCCGAGGCGCUCUCCAUCCACCUCGGUCCCAAGGAGAUCUGGCUGGUAACGGACGUUUUCAACGCUCUGCAAGGUUUCUUCAUCUUCCUUCUGUUCACACUCCGGCAAAACACGCGCAGCACCAUCCGAAGGCACUUCGCCUCCUCGACGCUGGGCCGCUGCUGCUGCAAGGUCACCCGACUCGUGCCGGGCCUGUCGUCGAGGAAGACCACCUCGUCGUCGGCGCCGGGCAGCAGUAGCUCCAAGAUGACCGCUCCCCCGCAGCAGAACGGUCGCCAGCCCUCGGCAGACCCCGCGGCCAGCGAUGAUAAGGGAGAUACGCCCGUGUAGCGGUAGUAUAGAGGACGCGGCUGUAUGCACUGCUACUUUCUAUUAUAGGUGUCGCUACUAAGCGGAGCUAGGUCAGGAGUAGCCUCUCGCGUUUGGAUUGUCAUCAACCACGAAUUCCAGCUGAGAUGGACUGUCGCGCGGUCUGAGGCUGCAAACCACACUGUUCGCAGCUAGGAGUUCGAUGUUUAGGACACCGGCAGUCAGCGUUAUGUCCUCGUCAAGUGUCAACUGUCCCUGGCUUUGGACAUCAACCUAAACGAGAAGGAAGCGCUAGGACGGCGGAACGAACGAAUCGCCAAGCGAAGUUCCAAGUGUCAUUUUUUUUCGUGUAUGAACUACGUUCUUCAUUUAUUCAUGCUGACUUCAGUACCUUUAAGUCGCUUCGAGGCUGUGUUUUGUAGGUAUAUUUUGCUUUGACUGUAGAGUGUAGUUCUGCAUUCGUUUCUUAUGUUCAAAGUGUCGAAUUUACACCGAUAUUUGAAUUUAAAUCAUCGAGCCGUGUCGAUGCCACAUGGUGAGAUUCUAAUUAGGUGUACCUAUCAAUCAAGUCGGGUCUCAGUCCAGUUUAAUGUGAUUUGUCGGUAGACCUUUCGAAGGUAGGGAUCCUUCGUUCAACGUGUACAGCCCAUGUGCUCUGCAGUAUGCCCUACAUCUGGCCAUCACACGACGCAACGGCGUAGCCCGGCGAUUCCGUAUCAUGUCUACGCUUUUCCCGUCAUUAGGAACCGGCGUCACGUCGCGAGCAUUUAUCCGUGAGACCUGUUGUCCAUCUACUGUGUCCAGCUACCCUUCUUCGUCUGGGCGCGUCAAUGUGAAAAUGACCGUUACAUACACGCAUUAUAGGUGAAUAAAAAUAAACGUGCAUCA